GACAAACUUCUUCACUAUCGGCGCGCUUUCGUUAGCCAAUGAAGUUAAGUCCCGUGCGCCGGCGGGCGGCUGUGGUUCCGUUUCCACUCGAGCGAGGUGGUUAUGGCCGGACCGCCGGACCGAGAGAGCCGAGAGAAGCCGGCCGCCCUGGCGUUGGCCCAGGCUCGCUUCGCCAGGGGCGAGUUUGCCGAGGCGCAGGCGCUGUACUCGGCGUUUAUUGGCCAGUGCGCCAGUCGCGGGAGCAAAUGCAGCCCUGAGGAUUUGGCCACCGCAUAUAACAACAGGGGGCAAACCAAGUACUUCAGCGUUGAUUUUUAUGAAGCCAUGGACGACUACACAUCGGCUAUAGAAAUCCUGCCUAACUUUGAAGUUCCGUAUUACAACAGAGGUUUGAUACGCUAUAGGCUGGGGUAUUUUGACGAAGCUUUGGAAGAUUUCAAGAAGGUGUUAGACCUAAAUCCUGGAUUUCAAGAUGCUGUGUUGAGCUUAAAGCAGACCAUUUUAGACAAAGAAGAAAAACAAAGAAGAAAUGCUGAAAAAAGUUACUGAGGCAUAUAAGUUACUGAAAUUUUAACUUAAGAUCCUUAAGCCUACAUCUGAUUGACUCUAAGAUAUUUAUGGAACUAUUUUGAUUAUAUGUGAGAGACUGCAUUUUAGAAGUGAAAGUAAAAUAAUAUGUUUAAUCAAAGUUAUUUCAAGAGAGACUGUGAUGAAUAGAUCUUUUAAUAGAGUAAAUAAAUAAUAUCAAUGUACA